GAAUGAGAGAGGUUCGGGCAUCCUUGAAUUGUUUAUUUCUUUCUUUCUCUUUUUUGCUUACAAUUAUAUAUUUGUUGUUUUUUGGAGUAGGCACUUGCGAAGCAGAGAAAGACAUGGAGAAUAAUGGAAGGAAGGUAUUGAUGAAUAUGGAAAUAAAGGUUUGAGUGGCCUCAGAAUAAAGAGGAAAUAAAGGUUUGUGUGGCCUCAGAAUAAAGAGAAACAUAAAGUUGACCAGUUUUAGGGGUUUUGCUUCUGGGUUUCAUCUCUGAGAUUUGUGUUUUGAUUACACCAAAGUUUGAUAUUUUCUUGGGGGCUGAUUAAUUAAACCUUUCCUGGGUUUUGACUAAUCGGCCAGGAGAUGGUGAGAGGGAAGAUUGAGAUGAAAAGAAUCGAAAAUGCGACAAGGAGGCAGGUAACCUUUUCGAAACGUCGAAACGGGCUUUUGAAGAAGGCUUAUGAGCUUUCGGUUCUUUGCGAUGCAGAAGUCGCAGUCAUCGUCUUUUCUCAAAAAAACAGGCUCUACGAGUUUUCCAGCUCUAACAUGCAAAAGACUAUAAAACAAUACCAUAAACAUGCAAAAGGUGCGCUAACCAAAACUACUGAAGUGGAACAGUAUAUGCAGCAAUUGAAGCAUGAAUCAGCUGACAUGACCAAGAAGAUCGAGAUCCUAGAAGCUUCUCAACGGAGGCUUUUGGGACAUGACUUGGAUUCUUGCUCUGCUCAAGAACUAAAUCAGAUCAGUAGCCAGCUCGACCGUAGCUUGCGCAUUGUACGAGAGAGAAAGGCUCAGCUAUUCAUGGAGCAGAUAGAACGAGUAAAAGCAAAGGAGAGGCUUCUCUUAGGAGAGAAUGCAAAACUACACACCAAGUGUGGUUCAAGGCCUUGUCAGAAACCAAUAGUUCAAGAAAAAGGAGUUGGGGAGGCAAGUUGUAACUGGAUGAAUAGUAGUCCAAGUAGCCGCAGCCAAACAAUUAGUAAUUCAGAUCAGGUAGAGACUAGAUUGUUCAUCGGACCUCCAGUGAUGCGUUGUGAAUAAUAUAUAGCAAAGUUUUGUGUUUUCUUCUGAAAACCAACACCAACAGCUCUGCUGAUAUUGGACAUGAACAAGGAACAAAAUAAUAAUGCUCUGUCUUCGAGCAAACCCUGUUUGAUAUAUAUGUAUUCGACUGGUGUAGAAGACCAGAAGUAUUCUAGUUACUGAAACAUGGAAGGAUGUACACGCAUCAUAUGUUCCCACUUUUUCAUCCAGAGGACCUAACCUAAUGGUGCCAGAUAUUCUAUAGCCUGACCUCGUUGAACGGGUGUUGAUAUCCUUGCGGCUUGGUCACCUGUUGCAACAGCUUCAGUUUACAAAGGGGACACCAGGAGAGUCAAAUACUUCGUAGACUCUGGAACGUCAAUGUCUUGCCCACACGUAACAGGAGCAGCAGCUAUUGUGAAGGCUAAGCACCCACGCUGGUCACCUGCGGCAAUUUAAUCUGCACUCGUGACAUACUCUAAUGCUUCUUUACAUACUCUAAUGCUAUAAUGCUUUUUUUCUUACUAUAUGUGUGAUUCCCCAUUCAUAACUCUUAUGUAAUUUUGAUCUUGUUAUCAGAUUAAAAGUAAACUUGUUUAGUUUUUGGUACAUUCUUGCAUAGUCCUUGUAUGCUGCAAUUGCAGGAACACCAAGCCUGGCAGGGCAUGGGACCUUAACUACCCCUACUUAUCUUUACGUAUAGAAGAUGGUAAUAAAUCAAGGGAAAUAUCCAUAGGAAUGUUCCAAAUGUUGGCGACCCCAACUGAGCCUACUAUGUCAGCAUUGAUGCACCUGCUUUUCUAGAGAUUAAAGUGGAACCAAGUGCAAUUUCAUUCACUCAAGUUGGGAGAAACAAUCAUUCAGUUGCUGAGCCCAGAGUUCCAUAUAAAAUCAGCAAGAACAGGAUCGUUCACAGAGAUUCUAUCAUUAUCUCUGUAAGCUUCACCUUUCGUUGGGCCAAGACUUCCUUGGUGAACAAACCCAAUAAACUCUGCAACCUUAACAAAAAGCCUUUGAUUCUGCAGAUGUGAAGAAAUUCUGGACCUGAUCAUUGAAAAAAAAAUCAAGCUAAGCCAGUGAAAGAUUGAAUUUUGAACCUAGAAUUUUGUAAUGGAAGAAUAGACAUAAAGAUUUUGAGGAUAACGGAAUGGGAUUCUUGCAGUGAAAGGAUCAUUGUCUC